UUAAUAUGCGUGUUUUAAUAGAAUCUUUAUCCAAUGUAUUGAUCUGUUUCUUCAGUAAGCAUUUCUCUAUACAAAACCUAGAGGUGUCAGAUAUACUAUUUUGACUACCGCAUCUUUUCAAUAGUUUUAUUUAUCCACAUUUCUUAAGAGGGAAUUAAAACGUCAGCUUAUACAUUAUAAAAGGAUAUUCAGUUUGGUUUAAACGUUUACAAACAAAUUCAAACUAAAUUUUAGAUAUUUCUUAUUUAAUUUUGUUAUUUUAAAAGUCAAAUUUCUUCAGCCGGAAUAUUGAACGUAACAAACAUGAGCCGAAAACCAUACCAAUUUCAAGAAAAUAACAUAAAAUGUCCACUAUGUUCCAAGACGUUUACAAGUCCACGCAUCUUACCUUGCCUUCAUUCAUUUUGUUCUACUUGUCUGGUAAAUUUUAUCAAAGAUGGCGUCCAAGAUGGCCAAUACGACAAACCGUCGGUAGAUGCUAAGACAAACAGCAGUCCAGUAGGGCAACCCACAGGGAGCAAAGUGACAAACACUAACACAAGUCCGCAGGGCCAAAAUAACAAGGAAAAUGCCAAGAGCCGAACUUCACCAGUCAAGGCAAAGUCACCAACCAAAGCCAAAUCGCCAACCAGGCAGCCGCCAAUACCUGUAGGACAAGGUUCAAUAAAGGGAACUUCAUUAAAGCCCGGCAAUGUUCAGUUUCAGGGAAGUACAAAAGGAUUUCAUUGUCCUUGCUGUAAGAAAUUUGCUACAACUCCACAAUUACCCAAAACAUCGUCUGACAAAUGGGCAGAGCUCUUUCCAGAGAACAAUCUUCUUGCCGACCUGGUAGAUUUGCAUUCAAUGAAGCUUGGUACUAAAGUUUGUGACCCAUGUAAGCGCAACAAAUCAUCCGCACAGGUUCAUUCCUACUGCAAAAAUUGCCGGGACGCAAUGUGUGAACCAUGUGCAAAAACUCAUAAAGGAUUACGUAGCUGCCGAAACCAUAAGGUUCUUGCUACUGCUCAGUUUGCUGAAGCUAUAAAUUCUUUGAAAGUAGAAGAAGAAUUAUGCAAAGAACACGAAGGCAAGUCCAAGGAGCAUUACUGUUACACACAUUCUACACUUUGCUGUUCCCAGUGCUUGAAUGAAGCUCAUCGGAAGUGUGAUCGUGUCGUAACAGUUACUGAAGCAGCACAAAAGAGCAAAGAUAGCGGCCAAGUAGCGACAUUGGAGGAUGCACUUGAUAAAUACAAAUCUUAUACGGAUUCUGUUCUGAAAGAUCGGUCAAAUUUAUUAAAAAGGUUGGACAAUAAGAAGUCUAAACUUAUGGGAGAGUUUGUUAACGUUAAGAAACAUAUAAUAUCACAGCUUGACAAAAUGGAAAAGGAUCUGAAUACAAUUUUAGAUUCUACGCAUCGUCAAGAGACGAAGAAAAUCAAACAAGAGGUCAACAAAUGCAAAGAAAUCCAAUCAGCUGUCUCUAACACGAAUGAAAUUCUGGCAGUCGCCGACAAUCACGGGUCGAGUUCGCAGAUAAUUGAAAUGACUGAAAAAGUCCGGGGAGAGUGCGAGUACUACGAAGAAAGUAUUUCGAUACUAUGUUCACGCAUGCGCACAGUCGAUUACGACAUUGCCCUUGAUAAUUCACUGCAACAAGUGAUGAAGCGAUUGAAUCAGUUCGGCCGAAUUGAUGUAAACACUACAGCUUCGAAGUUACCACCUCCGCCAAAACUUGCUGCCACGUUAGGUCUUCAAAGCUCAACAACAAAGACAAAGGCAGUUAAACCAGAGUUUACGCUUUCGGGAAAGAAUGCCAACGAGAUUGGUGAAUUUUGUGCGAGAUUUGAAGACGACACACAAGACUGCUGGUUCACCGGUGCAACAUUUCUUUCGGAUGGUCGUAUCUUACUUGCUGACAGAACAAAUCGCAAACUGAAAAUGUUCACCAGCAAUUUCAUGCCAUUAACUGAACUUGCACUCUCGUCCAAGCCUUGGGACAUCACACUUGUGUCUGACAAAGAGGUUGCAGUAUCUCUGCCAGCAGAAUGCAGGAUUCAAAUUAUCAGCUUAGACCGUAAUUACCUAACACAGACAAGAUCAAUACCAACUGAUGAACCAUGCUUCGGUAUAUGCUACACAGAUGGAAAAUUCCUCACCGUUACAUACGAUGGAGAUCCACCGAAUCUCAAAAUCCUGUCACCAACAGGACAGGAGUUGACGUAUGUCUGCGUGGAUGACGACGGGUUUACAUUAUUUUCAAAGCCGCUGUACGUCACAUGCACUCAUAAAGCCGAUCAGAUAUAUGUAUCGGACGAUCGACUUGGUUGCAUUGUUAGCCUAAAGGGAACGGGCGAGCUGAACUUUAGCUACUCCGCAUUAGAUCUUGGGAACACAGCCGGAAUCGCCUUGGAUAAAGAAGGGAAUAUAUAUGUAUGUGGCACUUCCUCAAAUAGUGUGCACGUGAUCUCACCCUGCGGGAAAAGAGUGAAGGUUCUCGUGACAGGACAGUCAGUAUCCUAUCCUCGUGCUGUUGCUUUUGAACCACGUGAGAAGAAACUUCUGGUGACACAGGGAGAUAAAGAUGUAGUUAAAGUGUACAGUCUGGCUUAAAUGUAUUUACAAUAAUGGCAGUAGUAAACAUAGUUCCAUAUGACACUUUUAGCAAUCUCGUUCAUAAAGUAGAUACAAUGCAUCAUUUAUAUGUUAUAUAUUAUAUUUCAUUUCACACAAGAAUAGUGAGACGAAAGUUAUUUUUUUUCGUAUUUGUAUAUUGAGUAUAUUGACACGAAAUAGUUUCUCUUCUUCGGUUUUGUGUGCGCAAAGUAUAUUGACAUAGAAAAUAUCUUGUCACUCUUUGUGCUAAAAGUAUAUUGACAUAAAAAAGUCUUGUUACUUUUUUGUGCUGCAAGUAUAUUGACAUAAAGAAUUUCUUGUCAUUUUUUGUGCUACAAGUAUAUUGACAUAAAAAAUUCUAUUCUUGUUACUUUUUGUACUGCAAGUAUAUUGACAUAGAAAAUUUCUUGUCACUCGUUGUGCUGCAAGUAUAUUGACAUAAAACAUUUCUUGUCACUCUUUGUGCUGCAAGUAUAUUGACAUAAACAAGUACUUGUCACUUUUGUGCUGCAAGUAUAUUGACAUAAAAAUGUUAUUGUUACUUUUUGUGCUAUAAGUAUAUUGACAAAACAUUCUUGUCACUUUUGUGCUACAAGUAUUUUGACAUAAGAAAAUUCUUGUCACUUUUUGUGCUGCAAGUAUAUUGACAUAAAUCAUUACUUGUCACUCUAUGUGCUGCAAGUAUAUUGACAUGAAAACAUUCGUGUCAAUUUUUCUGCUGCAAGUAUAUUGACAUUAAAAAUUUUUUGUCACUUUUUGUGCUGCAAGUUUAUUGACAUAAGUAAUUAUUGUCACUUUUUGUGCUGCAAGUAUAUUGACAUAAAACAUUUCUUGUCCCUCUUUGUGCUGCAAGUAUAUUGACAUAAAGAAAUUCUUGUGACUCUAUGUGCUGCAAGAAUAUUGACAUAAUAUAUUGACAUAAAACAUUUCUUGUCACUCUUUGUGCUGCAAAAAUAUUGACAUAAAACAUUUCUUGUCACUCUUUGUGCUGCAAGUAUAUUGACAUAAAAUAUGUUCUUGGCGUUUUAGUGCAGCAAGUAUAUCAGUAUAUGAAGAGGUUCUUAUGUAAAUGAAUGUUUCUAGAAAAGAAAAAAAUAUAUUUAGAUAACACAAACACUGUUUAUCUGUUUGUCAUGUACGCAUCCAUACAAAUACUGCUACGGGUUUCUGGCUUUGGGAGACUGAGUGUUUGGAACGAGGCUUUUUCUAUCGCAUAUUUGUCACAAUGCGGAUAGGUUAAAUCUUUGAGGUUAAAUCUUUGAUUGUGUUACCGAAAAGCUUUUAUGAAGUUACAGCUGCAGAGGUUUCAGUUGAGAUAUG